UACUCUAUUAAGUUACGCAAUUAUUUAGCUGUUUAUAAUAGUUGAUUUGCCAUUUAUGAGCUCAGUAUUAAAAACAAAGCUGAUAAGUGCGCACCUCGCAACAAAAUGAGUUUCAAUAACAAAGUGGUGAUUGUAACCGGGUCCAGUUCCGGUAUUGGGGCCGCGGCGGCAAUCGCGUUUGCUAAAGAGGGCGCUAAUGUCGUUAUAGUGGGACGCAAUGAAGAGAAAAUGAAAAAUGUAAGCAAAAAAUGUGAAAGUUUUGGUAAGAAACCACUGGUCAUUAAAGCGGACGUAUCAAAUGAUGUCGACGCUAAGAGAAUGAUAGACGAAACUAUAAAUAAAUUUGCUAAAUUAGACAUUCUGAUCAACAACGCAGGUAUUGCGGAACAAGAUGAGAUAACAAGUGAUAGUUUUAUGAUAAGUUUCGAUCGUGUGAUGAACAUAAAUUUACGUGCAGCGGUGUAUAUAACGCAUUUAGCUGCACCACAUCUGAUCAAAACAAAAGGAAAUAUAAUCAACAUAUCGAGCAUAGCUGGCUCUACAAAUGCAGGUUCCACCGCACUUACUGCAUAUUGUACAUCGAAGGCUGCACUUAAUCAUUUUUCUCGGGGCGUCGCGUUGAAAUUAUCUGGACAUGGCGUCCGUGUGAAUAUCAUCAGUCCAGGACCGGUACGCACUGAUAUUCUAGACAAUCUAUCCAUUCCUAAUUUCAAUUGGGACACCUUCAAAGAGACUACGCCUCUAAAGAGAUACAGUGAGCCUGAAGAAAUUGCUGAUUUAAUCUUGUUCUUGGCCAGCGACAGAGCGAGAGGCAUCACUGGAUCUGAAUUUGUUUCAGAUAAUGGUAUUUUAGUGAAAAAUUAAGGGACAAGUAUAACAGAAGUUACUUAAAUAGAUAACGUUGAUAUGAUAUACAAGUAUUAUCUAAAUCACAACCAAUUGCUAAAUAUCUCGAUUGUAAAAUUUUAUAUGUAAAAUAUACAAUAAAUUACUGA